CUGAUCUUCGAUGUAUGCAACCCUACUUUUGGCACUUAUCCGAGUUCCGUAACCGUUCCUGGCCGAAAGUGUAAGGUGGUUGCUGGGCGAUUGAUGGUGACAGAUGGCGAGACCGGGUUUGAAGGGGUUGGAAUGAAAUGGGUAUUGGGUGAAGGGGGAGGGGAGGGAUGGAUACGGUGGAUGGAUGUGAAUGUGGAUCGCGAAGAAAAGCGGAUGACAGCCACAGAGCCUCGUGCUCUGAACCGUGCUCUGCGGGUAUUACCCAUCCAUGCAAAUCCAUGUCGGGCGGUGUGUGUUGGGGGGAGAGAGCGGCGUGUAUCUGGCCAACGGGGACCCUCGCCCGUCUCCAGCGAGAUCGCCAACCAACGGGGACGCGACGGGAAUGGGAAAUGUCAAGCAGGGCAUCAACCUCCGACUGUUUGCCCUGUGCCCGACCCUGUAAUUAAAAACGGGCGUGGGAAACAAGCGCAGCCUUGCGUGCGACGAUGGGGGCAAGGCAAGGCGCGAGGCGAAAAGGAGGACGGCGAAACUUGUCCACGGGUCCCCAUGGAAUGUCCAGUUGGAACACCGCCAACAGGCCGUCGCAAUCGGUCAAAUUGCGUCUCCUCUUUAUUCGGGUUUAUUUGUCGUCAUUUUUUUUCCCUGGGUGUGUCUCGGAGACAACUAGCAGUUUUCAAGCCCCCGAAUUUGGGUGGUGUGGUGUUGCAUAUUGAGCUGCCCGAAAACUUGCAGCUGCGCUGCUUGCUGAAUGCGGGCUUGGUGGUCUCCAAAAAGCGGUUUGCGACAAGAGAUGGAUCAUCAAGCUCCAAUUUAGGUUUCAGUUUUGUGGGAAACGGAUCCGUUGCCCCAGCCAGCAGGCAGAUCGCAAAAACAAGAAUCGUAUCAUUGUACAGGUUAUGUAUGUACAAACAGACAGCAGGUGCUCGAGCUCGGAUCGAGGACAGCUGCUCAAAGCUGUGCAGGACAAGGAUUGGGGAUGUUGAAUUGCCGGAAGGAUUUGGGACGGAUGCCGAGGACACCUCUUCGCUUUCAUAUGGAAGGUCUCGCUUCUCGAACGUUCAAAACUACUGCGUAUUUAUGUGAGGAGUUUUCACACUACGAUUAUUUGGGAGCCUGGAUCUCCUGAGAGUUUCGAGUGGAGGAGUAGUAUUGUGAACGUGGUGAGAGCAACAGCGAUGGCAGCUGAACGCUGUCUAACAAUGACGCAUCUCAGGUCCAUCUGCCCGCCCUGGAUCCAAGCUUUGUUUUGGGUCGAAGACCAGGACCCGCAGACUGCGCACAGACA